AUGGAGGCGCCGGGGGACCAGGAGCCCCGCAUCGUGGCCGGCCGCCCCUCCUGCUGGGGCCGCGGCGGUCGGAGGCUCCGCCAGCUCGUCCCCGUCGGAGCCUGGACCGAGGCCCGGGAGCUCGUCAAGAUCGGCGCCCCCGUGUUCGUGGCACAGCUCUUGGGGUUCCUGAUCAACGUGGUGAGCUCCAUCUUCUGCGGCCACCUGGGGAAAGCCGAGUUGGACUCUGUGACUCUCGCUGUCUCAGUUAUCAAUGUGAUUGGGAUUUCAAUUGGCACCGGGCUGGCAUCGGUGUGCGACACCCUCAUGUCUCAGACCUAUGGGAGCAGAAACGUCAAGCGUGUGGGGACCAUUCUCCAGAGGGGCAUCCUGAUCCUGCUCCUCUUCUGCUUUCCCUGCUGGGCUGUCUUCAUCAACACCGAGCGGAUCCUGCUGCUCUUCGGGCAGGACCCAGAAGUCUCCAGGCUAACUCAGAUUUAUGUCAUGAUAUUCAUUCCUGCUCUUCCGGCAGCAUUUAUCUACCAGUUGCAGACAAGAUAUUUGCAAAGCCAGGCGAUCCUCCUGCCCCAGGUGGUGACGGGUGUGGCAGCCAAUGUCUUGAACGUGAUCAUGAACGUCAUCUUCCUUUACACCUUCAAGUUGGGCGUGGUCGGGUCAGCCUGGGCCAACACGCUUUCUCAGAACACGGCAGCCCUGCUCCUCUUCUUCUACGUGUGGUGGAAAAAGAUCCACAAGGAGACCUGGGGAGGCUGGACGCUGGACUGCUUGCAGGAGUGGGGCUCCUUCAUGCGCUUGGCCAUUCCCAGCAUGCUGAUGAUGUGCAUAGAAUGGUGGACCUUUGAAAUCGGGAGCUUCCUGUCAGGAAUGAUUAGCGUUGUGGAAUUGGGAGCCCAGUCCAUCAUUUACGAGCUAGCCACCAUCGCCUAUCUGCUGCCUCAAGGCAUGAGCGUGGCUGCCAGUGUCCGCGUGGGCAAUGCUUUGGGAGCUGGAGAUGCAGAGCAAGCCAAAAAAUCAUGUAUCACAGUGUUACUGUGUGCAGGCGUCUUUGCUGUGGUCUUUGCUGCCCUUUUGGCCAGCUUGAAGGACGUCGUUGCUUACAUCUUUACCGAUGACAAGGAGAUUGUGGCCUUGGUGUCCAAAGUGAUGAUGAUUUUCUCUCCUUUCCACCUCUUGGAUGCCGUGGCGGCAACAUGCGGUGGGGUGCUGAGAGGUGCUGGGAAGCAGAAGAUUGGGGCCAUUGCCAAUGCUGUUGGCUACUAUGCCAUUGGCUUGCCCAUUGGCAUCGCGCUCAUGUUUGGGUACAAGCUCGGCGUAAUGGGCCUGUGGUCCGGCCUGAUUGUCUGCAUCUCUUUGCAAGCGUCCUCCUUUCUGAUCUUCGUCCUGCGUAUCGACUGGAAGAAAGCUGCUGAUGAGGCUCAGGUCCGAGCUGGGCUGGUAGCCCGUGUCGAUGAUGAUGCAUCUAACAAGACGGUGGCCUUAGCGUACCUCACAAUGAAGGCGGAGAUUCCCAAUGGCGAAGCAAUGAGCGAGGUGGCUCAUGGGAGUGCAAACCAGCCGGAGCAGCAGCUCAUCGAGGCCGAGGAGCCACCUCUGUGUGACGUUUCCCCACCUGUGGGCAUCCUUUCCGGGAAAGAGCUCCUCUUCCGCCGUGGGCUGGCUCUGGUGGCUGCCGUCGCGGUCCUGCUGGUUGGAGUUCUGAUCCGACUCCUGCUGAAAAACAGGUAG